UCGCUUGCUGGAGGGGCAGUUCGCCUCGUACUAAAGGAAUCGGCCGCUCUACCAACGGCUAUGGCUAAGGGAGCUGUGCAUGCACUUACAGCAGUCGGAAUUGCGAUUGAUCUCUUAACGGUAACGUUGAGCGUGAAGGGCUUGGUAAAUGGAUCCCGUUCGGAAGUGGCCGCCAAGCUACGUGAAGCUUCUGAAGAACUAAAAGUCACUAGAGAAGCGAUCACUCGUCAUUUCCUCAUGGAUUAUCUUUUAUAG